AAUCCUUUAUUUUUUCCAUCAUCAUCUUUGUUUUUUAUCUAUUUCUAUUUUCAUAUAAUUAUAAUAUUGCAGUGACCUUAAUGUGUACAAGUAUUUUCGUUACACUAUUUGACCUCUGUGACAACUAGUGCAGAAACACUAAAAACUAUGAAGGCUUUUAAUGGAACCAACGUUAUCAAGAAACAAUUUUCUUUAAUUUUUGUAAAAUUUACAGUUUGUUUUCUGUUGUUGGGUCUUGCCUAUCGACUCAUCUUGUCCAAUUUCGAACAGUUCUCUCAGAUUGAAGUGAAAAAUACAGCUCUGUUUUCCGACAACACAUUGCCGCUGCCGCCGGUGACUGUGAAUGAACCUCUGGUGACCGUGAAUGAACCUCCGGUGACUGUUAAUGAGCCUCCGGUGACUGUGAGUGAAUCUCUGGUAACUGUUGAUCUUCCAGAAAACCAAACUUUGCGAAAUGGAACAUGUGAUUUAUUUAUAGGAAAUUGGGUUUAUGAUCCAAGUGGUCCAGUUUACACGAACGCGACUUGCUAUUCAAUUGAAUCUCAUCAGAACUGUAUGAAAAAUGGGAGACCUGAUACUGAAUAUCUUAACUGGAGAUGGAAUCCAAGAGACUGUGAGCUACCAAGAUUUAGCCCUAAGAAAUUCCUCAAUUUGAUGCGAAACAAAUCAUUCACCUUCAUAGGUGAUUCAAUUAUGCGCAAUCAUGUGCAGUCAUUGCUUUGUAUUCUCUCACAGGAGGAAGAAGCUGAUGACGUGUACCAUGACGAGCAAUACAAAAGCAGAAGAUGGUACUUUCCGCUCCACGACUUCAAUCUUUCUGUCAUUUGGUCACCUUUUCUUGCAAAAUCAACUGUUUUUGAAGAUGACAAUGGAGUUUCAACGGAUAUUACUCAGCUUAAUCUAGACAAACUGGAUGAUGUUUGGACUCAACAAUUCGACAAUUUUGAUUAUGUAUUUAUCGCUGGUGGCAAAUGGUACCUGAAAUCAACAAUUUAUCUUGAGAAUGACAAGAUUGUUGGCUGUCACAACUGUCCUGGUAAGAACAUUACACAGGUGGGAUUUGAUUACGCCUAUCGCAAAGCAUUGAAUACAACUUUUAAAUUCAUCACGAGCUCGAAGAACAAGGCUUAUACAUUUUUCAGAACCACUACCCCCGAUCACUUUGAGAACGGUGAAUGGAAUACUGGAGGUUAUUGUAACAGAACAGGACCUUUCAAAGAAGGUGAGGUUGAUAUUGGUUAUGUAGAUGAGGUAAUGCGGAGAGUUGAGUUGGAAGAAUUCGAGAGAGCAUCUGAAUUCGGGUUGAAGAUGAAAUUGUUUGACACAACCUUACUUUCACUGCUGAGACCAGACGGGCAUCCCGGAGUCUACAGGCAAUAUCAGCCAUUUGCUGUAGAAAAUAAGAAGAAAAAAAUCCAGAAUGAUUGUCUACAUUGGUGUUUGCCUGGUCCAAUAGACUCGUGGAACGAUAUAAUGAUUCAAAUGUUGUGACAUUAAAGUUAUUGAUGUUGCUC